AUGUCUCUCUCAAACCCCUUCGGCUCCACCUCUAGCUCCUCCAACAUCUCUUCCUCAGAAAUGAAGAGCGCCAUAUUACAACAGAUCCAGGCCGAAGCUGCGAUGACCAACGCCAGAACGCUGAUGGAGAAAAUCAACUCGAACUGCUUUGAGAAAUGCAUUCCUUCACCCGGUUCCAGCCUGAGUUCGAACGAGCAGACCUGUAUUAAGACCUGUAUGGAGAAGUAUAUUUCUCUAUGGAACACCACGAGCCAGGCGUACAGUGCUCGGCUGAGGGAAGAAAAUGAGAAGAACGGUAUGGGAGGUGGGAGUCUCUAG